AUGGGAAGAAUCCACCGUAAGUUCCUCGCAGGGAGCAAGAUCUACGCAUGCUCCAACUGUCGAACCCACUUGACAAACUAUGAAGACAUCGUGUCCAAGUCCUUCCAAGGGCGCACUGGGAGGGCGUAUCUGUUCAACACAGUUGUCAACAUCAACUUUGGGCCGACGGAGGACCGAGUACUGACCACUGGGCUACACAAGGUGCAAGACAUCUACUGCAACUGCUGCGACGAAUACCUCGGGUGGAAGUACGAGGAGGCUUUCGAGCAGAGCCAGAAGUACAAGGAGGGGAAGUCCGUGCUGGAGAAGGCGAGGAUGACGAGGGAGGAAUGGAGCCUUCCGAUCGAGUAA